UGGAUAUCAGUAGUUGGAGUCCACUGGGUCAAGUGUAUAAAUAAGGCGAUCCACCGUCAGAUUGUCUCAGCUCUGCCAACUCACUGCCGAACACCGAACUGCUACCCCUCUCCCACUUCUAUAAUGACAAAAGACCAACCCCAAGAGCAAUCCUGGCAAGCUAUUGCAGCUGCGCGGCGUAAACAGUUGGAUCUCCUGAUACCUAAAGAAUGGAAACUGAGCGAGGAAUUUAAGGCUUCACUUCCUGCUGAUGGCCGGCUGAUACAGGCAGACCCCGCACGCAAGAGUGGGAUUCUCUCAGAGACUGAACUGGACAUCACAGAGAGCUAUUCGGCCGCUCAGCUCCUCAAGCGACUUGCACGGAGCGAAGUCAGUUCUUUGGCCAUCACGACGGCAUUUUGUAAAAGGGCAGCUAUUGCGCAGCAGCUGACAUCAUGUCUGACAGAGCACUUCUUUUCCGAGGCCCUCGAGAGAGCCAGACAUCUUGAUGAGUAUCUCAAACGCGAAGGGAAAGUUAUUGGCCCGCUACAUGGUCUCCCGAUCAGUAUCAAGGAUACCUUCCGCGUCAAGGGCGCUCAUACGACUGUGGGUUAUGUAUCAUUCCUAGAUAACGGUCCGGCAACGGAGAACUCUGCACUGGUGGACUUGUUGCUUGAUCUAGGCGCGGUUCUAUAUGUGAAGACGAAUAUUCCACAAACCCUGAUGACUGGCGACUCUGAUAACAACAUUUACGGCCGGACGUUGAAUCCAAACAACACCAACCUUACCGCAGGAGGGUCGAGCGGUGGUGAAGGGGCUCUUGUAGCCUUCCGAGGCUCUAUCUUGGGCGUGGGAACCGACGUCGCCGGAUCCAUUCGCAUCCCAGCUCUUUGCUGCGGCGUGUACGGUUUUAAACCAACAACUGGUCGCGUCCCCUUCGCAGGGCAAGUUACCGGUGUAGCAGAGGAAACACCGAUGAUAGAGCCAUCAGCAGGGCCGCUAGCCCAAACCUUCGAUGACCUCGAGCUAUUCAUGUCCACUGUUUCCAGUGCGGAGCCUUGGAGAUACGAUUCCACAGCUGUUGCAGUGCCCUGGAACAGUCAGAAAGAGUCUCAGUCCGUCCUGACAAUCGGCGUACUCCCAGAAGACCCGCAUUUCCCUUUUCACCCACCCGUCAAAAGGGCGCUGGAAUCCGCCGUUGAAGCUCUCGAGAAAAAGGGCCACCGCAUUGUCCGACUGCCAAAUAUCUCGACUCGAGGCGCCGCACACGCGAUGCGACUGGCAUUCCAUUAUUUCACGUAUGGUCCGCGGCCUGACAAUAUGAGCGCCAGCGGAGAACCACCCGUGUCAUCCGUAGCUAAGCUCCAACUCACGUCGCCCAUGUUUUCAGGACCUGCUUUUCUAGGCGAGAAGGAUAUUGGGGUCUUUGAGCAAAUCGCCACUCUGGGAAUUGCUCGCAAGAAACUAAGCGAAGAGUGGCGUAAGGCUGUUGUAGAGAACGACCUGGAUGUCAUUCUGGCUCCAGGUGCGCAGAAUACAGCGGUGCCGCAUGAUACGUACGGAUGGCCGCCAUAUACUGCUCUUUGGAACUUGAUUGAUUAUCCCGCAUGCAUCAUCCCAUACGGGAAGGCGUCAAAGGAACUGGACCCCGAGUCUCUGAUACUAGAAGAGAGCGGACAGCCGAAUUACGACCCCGUAGCGGUGGAUGGUGCCCCAUGUGCUCUUCAGGUUGUGGCGUCCCGGUUCCAGGACGAGAAGUGUCUUUCUGCAGCGAGGACGAUUGAUCAGGAUCUUCGCUCUUGAAGUGAUACUGAAAUGGCUUUCAGUUGAUCUCAGUACUGGCGACCCUGUCAGAAGCUAGAUUGUUGUUUUUAGAAGGUGCAGAAUGCCGCUGCUCAGAUAGUAGGAAUGAUCACAACUUCAACCCUCCAACUUUCAGGUUCUCAGUAUCCCUAUUAUUCUUCUACUAGCCAUUAUUUGACCAUUCCAUUUUUCUCCAACUUAAAAUGACGGAAUCGAGGC